GUUUUUUUCGCUUGGGAAGGGCGUCAUUGGUGGGCUGGGAAGCACGAGAAAGACCAGAAAUUGGAAACUGUCCAACAUGAAGUCUUGGGUGAAGGCCCACAAGAAUCUUUGGCCACAUGAGGCGGUGCCUGAGAAGAGUCCAAAAGUCGUGAGGGACAUUGCCUUCAAACUGUUAGCUCAAGCUGCAGUAUUUCUGGAACUUUGGCUUAUCAAUCAGGGAACAGAUCAGGACACUGAAUUCGACGAGCUAACCGAGUUGGACGGGGGCAAGAAGAAGAAGACCAACAUUCUGAUUAAAUUCAGGACACGCUGCAAUGAAAACCUUUUGUCUGCAGCUUUCAAGAGCACUGAGUUGUUCAAGCAGCAAAGCGCAGACCAGAUCUCCAUGAAGUGUGCAUGGACCUAUGAGCGGUAUUCUGCUCCCUGGACAGCUGGCUUUUCCACGCUCGGUCGGCCUUUUCAAUGUGCACUGGAGCUGGUACUGCUGAAGCCUCCAGAGCAGUUUUGCACAGGGUGGUCCAGGAAUACCCAGAGGAACAUUCCUUUUCAACCGGAUGCCAAAGACUUUAAGAGCAUGCUGACAGAUCCAGUUCCCACGCAGGAUAUCCUCAGGGCAGCAGAUUUAGCUGGCAAUGCCAUGCACUUUACAACAUGUGCCAAUGCACAGCUUCUGGCACUAACCUGCUUCAGACCCUUGGAAAGGAAGUCGAAAGGGGAGAUCAAACAGGACCUGAUGUACGAAUAUGAGAACCUGGGUCGCCCUGGAAAAGGGAAAUCCGUGCAUGAUGUUAUCCGUGAGGUUGAACAGGAGCAGUCCAAGAAUCUGCAGUUCCGGGUUGAGAAGAAGCAGGGUUCCAUCAUGUGGUUACAUUGUGGCAAGGAUGCCAUAGAUGAUCACAAUCUUCAUGACCUUGAUGGAAGCCAGCUUCUACUCCAUCAUGGUGAAGACAAGAUCACAUUUGCGGAGCUACCCAAAGAUUGUCGGGAUUGGAAGUUGGCCAAAUAUCAAAAGGAGGGGAAGCACUUUGGUCAGCUCUUCCUACACAGCCCAUCCCAAGGUGCCAAACCUGUUUGGGUUUUCAAGCUGAAGUUCCUUGACCUUCCAGAUGAAAAAGAGACACGUCUCAAGGAAAAGAUGAAGCAGGAGAACGCUCAAGGAAAAGUCAGUGAGGAAAAGACAGAUGCUCAAAAGAUCAAAGAUGAAGUCAAAGCCGCCGAAGAGAAGAAAGCCUUGGAAGAAGACAAAGAAAGGAAAGCUUCUGAGGCUGAGGCUGCAGCAAAGGAGAAAGCUUUGAAAGAGGCAAAUGACGAGAAACAAAGGAAAGCAGCUGAGGCUGAGGUUGCAGCACAGAAGAAAGCCAUGGAAGACGAAGUCCGAGCACAAGUGGAACAGAAGCUGAGAGAUGAGAUCAGGCAACAGAUGGAAGAAGAGGUGAAAGCCAAAAUGCAAAAAGAAGUGGAUGCGGCAGCAGCAAUGAAUUCGAAGAAAUCUGAAGAUGAGAAUGAGGAGUUGAAGCAGACGCAGGAAAAACAGAAGGAGGAGCUUGAAAAGAAACGUGAAGAGGAGGAGCUUGAAAAGAAACGUGAAGAGGAGGAGCUUGAAAAGAAGAAACGUGAAGAGGAGGAGCUUGAAAAGAAGAAACGUGAAGAGGAGGAGUUGAUGUUGAAGCAGAGUCAGGAAAAGGAGAUGCAAGAGAUUGAACGGAAGAAACGUGAAGAGGAGGAAGAAAAGAAAAGGCAAGCUGCAAUCAUCCAGGCCAACAAAGAAAGCGCGCUGAAAAGGAAGGGUGCAGCGAAAGAGGAGCCUGAACCAAGGACUUUCUUUUCUCGGGGAAAAUUCCCAGAUGCUGGGGUCUAUCAAAAGAUCUACAGUGCUUUGAGGUCUCGUCAAAACCCUUGGGCCAAAAAACGAGUGAUUGCCCCAGUGGACUCCCCUCCAGCCACUGGCAGCCAGCCAAGUAAUGACAGUUUGGGAGAGACUGACAUUACGAUGCAGCACUCCCCACCCCAAGACUUCAGCAUCCUCGACAGCCCGGUGCCCCGAGAUCAGCAGCCAGGUCGCCCCAGUGAUGAGCAAGUUGUGGUCACAAUCCUUGAUUCACCUGAGCAUCAGAAUCCUUUUGAGACACCCCCCCGAAAGCCCAAAUUGGGGAUGUCUUCUCCGAAUGUUCCAGAUGACAGUGGCUUAUCAUCAGGUGGGAAAUCAAAUGAGCCAUCGUGUGAGUACAGCAGCGCCACAAGCUGUGAAUCAAAGCCAAAGGCACAGCAAAUCACUCUGGGAAUGAGUGGGUAUGGUCGCCGCGAUUUUGUGCCUUCAUCAUCUGAUGAUGCCAUGACCCCGGAUGAGAAGAAGGUGAAUGUGAAAAGAACCAUGAUUACUUAUGAUGAUGAUGAGCCAAAUGAGAUCUCCGAAAAGGCACUCCCACAAUGGGCGUGUGAAGCCGAAUAUCUUACAAAGCAGAAUGUUGGAGCUGGAGAUAUGGACAUAGCGUCCGAGCUGUCCCAAGCCAACAAGAAGACCAUCUUUGGCAUGAUUGCAAUGCUUCAAGACCGCUAUAAUGACCCAAGGGGCUUACCAGAUUCACCCAGUGACAUUGCGCAACUCCCUGCUGUUCAGAAUUUGCCUAUUUACGACAUUUGGCUGCACAAAUACCAAAGCCUCCUAGAGUUUCCACCGCUGAUUUGUGAAGCGAAGUACAAGAGCUGGUUCCAAGCGGUGGUUGCCCUCUAUCAAUUGGCUAUGGACUGGAGCCUGGACACGUUGCUUUUGGGUUACGCCGCAGAGCUGACGUGGGCGAAGUACUUUUACAUGACCUGUGUGCCAACGCACAACGAACUGAAAUGGCCCAGAUUGGAACCCACCGCUGGGGAUUUUACUACUUCAAUGGCACUUGCUGGCCGAGAUCUUGUGAGGGGGGAAGAUGCCCGACCGGGGAAGGUUUUCAAAGUUCCCAAAAGCCUGACCCUUCCAAAGAGCUUGGACUUUACAGUCAAGCAACUUCGCCAGGUGGAGCGCAGUGCUGGAACGUUGGCAAACCAGAGAUCGGCAGCAGCUACAGCGUGGAUCCUGUCGAACUCAACGUCUGGGUUUCAGCAUGCACCCAUGGCAUGGACAGGUUGCUUUCUACUCAAACGUCGUGUCUACUUGAACAGCUCGGGCAAAGCGUUUCUCUGCCUUGGUUUUCAAACAUAUGCCGCUGUGGGUAUUCCUUUGGAAAAGCAGGAGGUUGAUGGGAAGGAGUACCUUUUGGUGAUCCCUGAGAAGGUAUCAUCGGGCAACAUCACAUGGAUGAUGAGCAAUGAUGUUUCUUUGAACGCAACCGGAAAGUGGGACUUUCUACCUGUGACCCUUCGUACCACGAUUGAGUUACCAAAAGCCCUGAGGCAUUUUGCUUCAGCUUGGGAAGUGACUGGGCCCCCACAGUCAGCACUUCGAUCUGCAGUUCGUGUGGGGGUGUUGCUCACUAUUCAAAACCUGACUAACAUCCAAAAACAACUGAAGCAUCCACCCCCACUGAAAGGAAAAGGCAGUGGCAAAGGGGGAAACGUUGUGAAAUAUGAUCAUGCCAAAGCGUUGGUCACAUUUUUGUGGCCAGACGAGACCCUUGAGAGCCAGGAGCAAAUGAUUGACAGUAUUUGUGGACGACACCUCCCAAAAGUCAAGUGCCCGUCCGACAUCCUGUCGGCAAUUCGGGAGCUGGGGGCGGAGGGGGAGAGAGAUUUUGCAGACCUUCUCUCUGUGGCACAAAAUCAGGAGGCCAUUGAGAAAGAGAGGAAAUUGAGAUCUCCCACAGAGGUUGAGGGCUUCUUGGACUCCCGCGCAUCUACGUGGGGAGGCGCUCUCAAGAACCGCAGUGAAUUCCAGGCUCUGAAAGAAUGCGUUGUGAAUUUCAUUUGGGCUAAGCACCAGAAGUUGAAUCCCACCGAUGCAGCUCCAGUGCCCAGUGAUCAACAGCUGAGGGAUGUGAUUUCUUCGUUUACUGCCAAGACUGGUUUCAUCCACCCUGAAAGUGCUGCGGCCUCUUCAUCGUCUGCUGCCGCGGCCAAGGGCCAUGGCAAAGCCAAGCCAAAGGGUGGACGAGCUAAGGGCUCUGGUGCGGGCAAGAAAAAAUAG